CACUCCGCGUGGUCGCUCUCCAUUGGCCAGGCAGCGCGCUGGACACCUAAGGGUAGCCGGGUCAUCCCAUGUGCUCCGAUCCCGCCAGUCCUGACUCGCUGGGGCCCUGUUGAAGAAUCACCAGGCUUGCAGGCAUCACCGAGGACAGCCAUACCGGGGUCUUGAGAGGCCGGCCGGGCGCCCCCUCUCCUCAGCCAUCUCACUUCAAGGCCUGACGGUUGCUCGGCGGAGGCUGCUGACAUGGGAACACCACAAAAGGAUGUUGUUAUCAAACCUGAUGCACCAAGCACAUUGCUUUUGGAGAAACAUGCAGAUUACAUAGCUUCUUACGGUGCAAAGAAAGAUGAUUAUGAGUACUGUAUGUCAGAAUAUCUGAGGAUGAGUGGUGUCUACUGGGGACUGACAGUAAUGGAUCUCAUGGGACAGCUGCAACGAAUGAGCAAAGAAGAAAUUCUGGCAUUCAUCAAAUCCUGUCAACAUGAGUGCGGGGGAAUAAGUGCCAGUAUAGGUCAUGAUCCUCACCUUUUAUAUACCCUUAGUGCUGUCCAGAUUCUUACUUUAUAUGAUAGUCUCCAUGUUGUUGAUGUAAAUAAAAUUGUUGACUAUGUAAAGAGCCUGCAAAAAGAAGACGGGUCAUUUGCUGGAGACAAAUGGGGAGAAAUAGAUACAAGAUUCUCUUUCUGUGCUGCAGCAACACUUGCUCUUUUGGGGAAGCUAGAUGUUAUUGAUGUGGAAAAAGCAGUCGAAUUUGUUUUGUCCUGUAUGAACUUCGAUGGAGGAUUUGGUUGUAGACCAGGUUCUGAAUCACAUGCAGGGCAGAUCUAUUGUUGCACAGGAUUUCUGGCUAUAACUGGCCAGUUGCACCAAAUAAAUGCUGACUUGCUGGGCUGGUGGCUUUGUGAACGUCAGUUACCCUCUGGGGGUCUCAAUGGAAGACCAGAGAAGUUACCAGAUGUAUGUUAUUCAUGGUGGGUGUUAGCAUCCCUGAAGAUAAUUGGUAGACUGCAUUGGAUUGAUCGAGAGAAAUUGCGCUGUUUUAUCUUGGCUUGCCAGGAUGAGGAGACUGGUGGAUUUGCAGACAGACCCGGAGAUAUGGUGGACCCUUUUCACACCUUAUUUGGAAUUGCUGGGCUAUCAUUGUUAGGAGAAGAACAAAUUAAGCCUGUCAGUCCUGUUUUUUGUAUGCCUGAAGAUGUCCUUCGAAGAAUAAAUGUACAGCCUGAACUCGUGAGCUAAAUUUUACAGAAGCAAAAGAUUGCUAUGAUCUGCUGCUUUAAAUGUGUUUACAGCAGUACAGUAAAAAAUCGCUGUACAGUAAAUGUUGUCACUGUCUAGAUUGUCAAAAUGACUUGUUUAAAUAAAUUAUAUGGAUGUUACAUGUGCUGCAGGUUCUAUAACAGAUGAAGAAACAUUUUUAUCUGUCUAAUAAUGUAGACCUGUGGACUCAUAAACUAGUUGUGUUAAUGUACAUAGUCACAGUAGCAGAGUACUUGAAUGGCUUGAAUUUUGUUAUUUCCUACGUCUGUCGUAAAACAUUGUACAGUGAAUUGCCCUGAGCAUCGAUUGUAAAUACACAAAUGUUCACAAAGUAUUCUAAAUAUAUUUCUCAGCUUUUUAAUGUCCUGUUAGGAUAUACCAUCACUUUUAUCCAUAACUGACGAUUUUUCUCCUUGUAGCAAUUGAUAACAGCAUCAAGGUUUUUGUUAUCAGCAAAUACAACAGUUGUUACCUCCAGUAAAGUCCUUUAUUGAAAGAUAACCUUUUUGUACUGGAAAUACAAUAUAAUUUGUACUGAGUGUAUAAGACUUGCAUUCUACAGAUCACUACUGUAUUAUGACUUGCUAAAUGUGCUGCUAAUUGAAAAUUUGCCUUUGGUUUGAAUUCCUAUUUCAGUAGCACUUUAGAAUAUAGUUGCAAAAGAAAACAGAAUCAAGAAUAAAAACUAGCUGUGAUUUUCUUUUCUUUUCCUGAAGGAUGAAAUCCUUUUGUCUUCAUUGGAGCACUUAAAAGUGCCUCCAUUUUACAUCCCAUAACAUUGUGUUUGUGUCUGACCAUGUUGUUAUUGAGAAAGAUUAGAGAUUCCAGUUGGACCAUAUUAAAGGUUAUUUUUUCUCUUUGAAUGAUCUUGAACAGUUCCCUGCUUAUUUAUAAUUAAAGAUGUCCUAACAUUUUUUCAAAGUAGAUCCUUUUUUUUAACAGAAUGAUUAAUGCAGAGCACUAAUCCUUGUUUCAGUUGGCCUAUUUUAAGGUUAUUUUUUUUCUUUUAAAGGGUUUUUGUCUUUUAAAGAACUUUUUCUAAAUUGACAGUUCUUUUAGAUGAGGCUGCUGUUAGAAAAAGAUGCACAAAGCAAACUAGUGUUCAUAUUAGUUACUGCUUAAAUAUUUUCUUGUCUUCCAUUUCAACAAUAUUAUAUGGUUUUUUAAAGAUGUUGGUACUGUAUUGUAGUCAAGCAAUGUAUAUCACUGUAAAUAUGAAUUUAUAUAUAAAUGGAAUGAGAAUCUUCCAUAAAUAAAGCAUAUAGUGAAGAAAAUUA